CCCCUCGCCGAAGGGUGAAUGGCCCAAUCAGAUCCCUCCAUCCGGUGUUGGAGCACCGGAUUUCCACGAGGCGCUCCGGGAGGGAGGCAGCUGUUGAUUGGGCCGUGCUGCCGGAAGCGGGGUGGGAAUUUGUUGUGGCGGUGAGGAACAGGAAGCCCCGAAGGGUCAAAAGGAAUACAAAAGCAAAGUCUGGUUGCUUGCUUGAAGCCGUUGUUCUUUCUGUCUUUCCUGUCUAUGUUUUUAAGAGCGAGUGGCCUUGGCGGCGGCGGUUUGACUUAGGCGCCGCGGAGGUGAGGGCGGCUCGCCUCCCGCGCUCUGGUAGGUCUAUCACCUGCCUGCUGUACAGACUGGACUUGACUAAGACUCCUUGAGUACCUGAGAUUCUCCAUUAAAAUCUGCAUUGGAAGCAAGAACAGACUAUCCAUUUGUCCAUUAUGGAUGGAGGGGAUGAUGGCAAUCUCGUCAUCAAAAAGAGAUUUGUGUCUGAGGCAGAACUAGAUGAACGGCGCAAAAGGAGGCAGGAAGAGUGGGAGAAAGUCCGGAAACCAGAAGAUCCACAAGAAUGUCCAGAGGAGGCUUAUGACCCCCGGUCUCUGUAUGAGCGGCUACAGGAACAGAAAGACAGGAAGCAGCAGGAGUAUGAGGAGCAGUUCAAAUUCAAAAACAUGGUAAGAGGUUUAGACGAAGAUGAGACCAACUUCCUUGAUGAGGUUUCUCGGCAGCAGGAACUCCUAGAAAAGCAGCGGCGAGAAGAAGAGCUGGAGGAGCUGAAGGAGUACAGAAGUAAUCUCAACAAGGUUGGAAUUUCUGCAGAAAAUAAGGAAGUCGAGAAGAAGCUGGCUGUGAAACCCAUAGAAACCAAGAACAAGUUCUCCCAGGCAAAGCUGCUGGCAGGAGCUGUGAAGCAUAAGAGCUCAGAGAGUGGCAAUGGUGUGAAAAGACUGAAACCAGACCCCGACCCAGAUGACAAGGCUCAAGAGGCUCCAUCCUGCGUGUCUCUUGGAAGCUCUUCUUUGAGCGGACCCUCCAUCCACUGCCCAUCUGCCGCGGUGUGCGUCGGCAUCCUCCCUGGUUUGGGUGCCUACUCUGGGAGCAGUGACUCCGAGUCCAGUUCAGACAGCGAAGGCACCAUCAAUGCUACAGGGAAGAUCGUCUCUUCCAUCUUCCGAACCAACACCUUCCUCGAAGCACCCUAGCUCCUAACAUUACCACAGAGAGCAUCUCCCUAGAGGGUUAGAUGUCUGUCCUGCCUUGACAUCACCUUCAAAAAACUUUACCUGCUUCCUGUGCACAUGUGGCAUUUUAACCUAACCCAGAAAUGUGCCACAGUCCACUUGUGGCUCAAACUCUGCUUGAUUUUUCGGUAAACUCCAGUGCAGGUGACUGAACCUGCCCCACUGAUAUGAGGGGUUGGGUGCAGGCAAGUCUCAGAAAUGCCACUGAUGGUGCAAGGACUGGCACCAGCUGGCUUGCAAGGGUUCACUGUACCUUUUGCUUUCUUGUUUUUCUCCUUUCCUAAUAGCACAGGAAGCAAGGACAGACAUUAUCUCAAUACUCUAUUAUAGGGAAAGGGGCUGCUUGGUUCUACCAUGUUGUAUGUGGGCAUAGAGAAAGGGGCUGACUAGCUGAUGCCAUGAGCUCUGCCCUAGAGUUAACCUUUCCUGGAUGUUGUGUGACUAAAGAUUGCAAACCAAACCCACAAGGCUAUGUGCCACCCACAGCCCUUGAAGUGAUAGUCUUCCAUGUUGUUCUCCCGCCUCCACCAGCCUGAGGAGGUACGAAGGACCUGGUAAUGACAUGUCCAUCUUCUGCCCACCUUCUCUCCCUGGAAAAUUGUUUUGAUUUUGUUUUUGAAAUAAAAAAUAAUUAGUUUAAGAUUCUAAA